CUCUCUGGGGUCCCUAGGGAGGUUAAAAUUAUCGACCUUCAAAAAAUUACCGACUAUUUCGAAGACAAAGAUGCUUAUAACACCCACCAGGUGUCGUUACUGUGAUUUUCUAUCAAAACGCAAUUCAACGAACAAAAAAAAUGAAUAAACAAUGACGCUAAACGUAUUUAUGUAAACAAUAGUAUUGUGUUUAUUUAAUUUAUAAAAGAGGUUAUUUAGUGAAUUAAAUAUUUAUUAGUAUUGUUAAUUAAACAAAUGCAUUGUUGAAUAUGAGUAAAAUAAAACUGACCGUUAGAAGUUGAUAUUUAUUGAGAAAAAUUAAAAAUUUUUCUAAACAAAGUGCCUAACAAUCAACAAGUGACAACAAAGGAAUUAUGUAAAUGAAAGAAAAUAAAUAAAAGUAGAUUUUUAGAAGCUUUAAAUAAAUUAAAUUAAUCUUAUAUUAAUUUUAUGAUGUGAAGAAAAAUUACAGCGGCUAUUUAAACAAUAUAACUCUGUUAUAUCGAUUGAUCGACUAAAUCAUCAAUCAAUUUUCCAUUACACGACAUCAAUAAUCUCCAUCAUAACUCCAAUAACAUCCAGUCUUCACAUUUUGGAGCACAUUCCAAUCUUCGGAGCAAUUUAAUUCAUCUAGCCCUACAGAAUCGAAUAGAUAUUUAAAAAUUACCUUCAAAACAUCACUCCCCACUCUUGAGUUGUCGAGUUGAUGUCGAGGAGUAUGGAGAAAAAUAAGUGGUAGGGAUGGCUCAAAUCGCACGUCUCAUGACCGUUGGAAGAUGUUUUACGGUGUUGGAUCGGUCGUUGGCGGUUGCACGUAGUUUGGAAUACAUCAGAUCCAGCUCCAAGUUAAUAAACCCAAAGGGAAAUAAUUAUUUAACCAUCAACAUUAUCAACAAUUGUGAUUGGUGUGAUUGAAUAAUUACCAGUGUAAAUGAGUGGGUAUUUUUGAAAGCAGUGGUAUCGAGUGUUAAAGAUUAUUUUAACUAGUUUAUGACCUCUGGUUGCAGUUUUUUGAUGGAAUGUGAGAUGGAUAUGGCGGUAAGACGCGCCAAAUAAAUGUUAAAAUAAUAAAUAAUUGUCAUUAUGUGGCAUUAAUAGUGAUUAGAAAGCAUAUUAAUGACAUACUAUUCUUAGAAUAGUGAUUAUCUAACUGAUAAUAAAAGUGAUUUGACUGAUAAAUUAAAAUUAAAGUUGACUAGACUGUAUUUUUCUCAUCUGUUCCGGUCUGGGAUCCGUUGAAACCCAACGGAAUGUGGCACGAGGAAGCAAAAGGUGAUUAUGGUGGGAGAGUUUAUGGGAAUUAGCAUUAAAUUAUUCUUCCGGUUGUUAAAAAGGAUUAAUCGGAGGAAAAGGAAGUAGAAACGAUUAAAAGAUGGUAUUAACAGUGAUUAAUAAUCAUAAUUAAAACAGAAGAACAUGGAAAAUAAGUGGAGAUUAGUUGAUUGAUGAUAAAAAAUCGAUUGGAUAAUAAAUUAAAAAUAAUUGAUGAAAGUAAAAAGAAAAAUAUGAUGUGAACUAAAUGGACAAAAGUUAUUAAUUUGUGCUGAUACAGAUGCUAAAGCACAUUCCGACGGGGCAACCGUCGUCAGCGGGCUCCAGAAAUCAUCAUCAUGAAUAUCCAACUCAAAUAUCUGGUACUUUACAUCAUCAUUUUGGUUCAGGUUCAACCACAAGUGCUAGAGUACCAAGAAUUAACGAUUCAACAAUAUAUGAUUCAGUUUUAUCGUCACAAAAGAUUGGAUCUGUUCAUCGGCAUCCAUUGAAUCAUUCACAAUUGAGUGUCAAUAAUUUGGCAUCAAAACUCAAUCAUACACAUUCAUUGAAUUUAUCAGCAUUAUCAGCAUCAAAACAUUCAAUUGAUAGUGCUAGUCCAGUAGGAAAUGAAAUUAUUCAUCAUCAUAAUAAUAAUCAUCAUAAUAAUUCACUACAUCAUCAUCUAUAUCAUCAUCAUCACCAAACAUCAGCAUCACACCAAACUAAUACACAGGUGAUGAAUGAACGUACCAUCCAAGCUAAUGGAGGUCUGGACAUUUCGAGACUAUCUCGGUUGCCAAGCCGAACUACUCCAUCCCCAGCACCUGUCGCUACAAUUCAUGCACCUGUUUCACAACCAACCCAACCCACUAGGACGUCUACUAAUACUCCCGGUCUUCCGGUACCUACUCAAGAUACAUCAUGGACGUCGUUUUGUUUAAGAAGAAACCCAAAAAAUCCGGAAACUGGUGUCAAAGAAAUGCUAACAUUCCUUGGUCUUCUUUGUUUAGUUUCACUACUUCUAGCAAUGUUAUCUCAUAUUUUUUUGCUUAAAAUAUCUCCAGUCUCUGUAUCACCAACGAGUCUCAUCAGUCCAGAGGAAUAUACCAUUGUUUAUGAAAUUACACUAGCACUUUGUGCUUUAGCAAUGUCUUUGAAUUUGUGCUGUCUACUUGUAUGUGCUAUUCAAUUCCUCUUUGCUAUGAAACUCGUCAAGUCGUCAUACAAUCAAAGCCGAACCAGUAUGUACUUACAAAAAUCAUCGGUAAGCAGAAUGUGCGCAAUAGGAGGAUUCUUCGUCAGCAUUCCUGUUUUUCUCACUGGUAUGAUACUUUAUACUUUCAUUCAGUUUCAUUCAACACCAGCGAUCAUUAUAUCAGUCUUUAUUGGCCUUGGUAUCAUUUUUUGCGGUUGUGCUAUGGUACACAAUGUUUUUGUAUGGCAAAAAGAAAAAACAAAUGCUGUAAAAGAACUGGCAAAAGCACAAUGUGAAGCAGCGAUACAAUUUCAACGUCAACAAAUGCAACAACAGCAACAACAAUUACAACAAACAAAUAGUACAAAUCGAAUCCCAUCAACAUUAUUACAAAAUAAUUGUUCAAAAAUGGGAAAUUCAACACUUCCUCAUUCAUAUAAUCAUCUACGUGGUCAAUAUUCACAAAAUAAAUAUCAACCUCAUCAUCAUGAACAAAAUAGAAUGAUGUCACCGGCAUUAAGGACACUAUCAGCAAGUCCAGCUGUUCAUAAUCAUUCAAGCGAUAUACACAGGGUACUAACAAGUCCACCUGCAACUCCAGCUGAAGAUCAUUCACCUACAAGUCCUAUUAAUAAAUCACUUAAUCGAUCUCAUCUUCAACGUGAAGCAAGUGGAAGUUGUAGUCCGGGUUUACCAACAGCUACACUGGAUCUCAGUAGUGCUGCUAAUACAAAUAGUCCACAUGAAUUAUCAACUUUAGUUUAGAAUAUUAAGUUUUAUAUUGCGAUGGAGAAGCUAAAUGUGCUUUUGGACUUUUUUUUCUUGUUCCUAAAUUAAGGUGGUCUGAUGAAAAGUAGUAUUAUCUUCAUUUUAUCGACCUUUUUAAAAGACUAAUACUUCUUUUAUCUACAAAAAACGUUACAAAAUUUCCUUGUGUUUAGUUUAUUAAAUAUACCCUAGUAGCCGGGUCUUAAAAGUCUGCUGAGUCUUGCACAAUGAUCUGGUACAGAGUGUCUGACUCUACAGCAGUGCCAUAGGUGUCUGCUUCCACAUUUACAUAUGGAUCUUACGACAGAUUAUUAUUCCAUGAUCCAACUCCAAAUUUUGCAGCAGAUUGGCAUCAAAGAAACCAGCAGUAUUGACUUCUUCCAUAUGUUGAUGAAACGAUGUCUUCCUUAUUUCUGUUGAAGAUCUGCUAAUUUUCUCACCAGCUUCUUCAUCAAAUCUACAGCAAAAUUUAGAGUUAGAGACCCUGAUGUAACAUUCUGUCGCAAGAUCCAUGUGAUCUAAAUGACGAAGCAGACACAGUCUGCAGUUCUUUCAUAAGAUAAUCAGAAGAGUUUAUGAAUGCCUUUUGAAGAAUGUUGUCUUGCCAAUGGACUGUGCUACUAGGGAUCAUUUAUAGCUUCCAUCUUUUAUCUCUGAAUAAUAUUUAAUUUAUUACUAUGCAAUUUUUUUUUCACCAUUUUUAAUUGUACUUUAAUUCAACUAACUGCCCAAUUUCAUCUGACUACCUUGAGGUACAUAAUAUUAAAGAAAAAAAAAAGAGUAUCAAUUAUUUAGAUACAAAGCCAUCGAAAAUUGUACAUAAAAGUAUUUUUAUAUCAAACAAAUUUAUUUUUCAGUUUUUAUUUUUAUUUUUAAAACACACACACAGCUUCAUUAAAGAAUUCUUGCCAUUUGUAUAAUC